ACAAAACCCGAAAUAAGCUCCGGCCUCUUCGAACGAACCUCCAUUUUCCUUUUCCGAAAAUCUUUGAUAAUUUGAUUUGACUGAGCAAAUCCCGGAAUGAUUAGGGUUUAAUUUGCAUUUUCCGUUAAUGGAUAUAAAUUUGGGUGAUGUGACUGUUGGUGAUUUUCAUUCGUCGUCUCUGUGAAAUGGAAGCCAUGGCGUCGUCGAAGAAAGUUACAAAUAGGGACGAAUGGGAGAAGAUGCUAAGUGGUGUUAGUGUUAGAAAAGAGCAUAUGAAUAAAAUAGUGAUGAAUUUUCUUGUGACUGAAGGCUAUCUUGAUGCUGCUGAAAAGUUCCAGCUCGAAUCGAGCACCGAACCCGGUGUCGACCUUGCGACGGGCAUUGAUCGAAUGGCCGUGAAGAAGGCCUUGCAGGGUGGUUAUGUAGAGGAUGCUAUCGGAAAAGUUAAUGAUUUAAACCCCGAGAUAUUGGACACGAACGCAGAAUUGUUCUUCCAUCUUCAAAAACAACAGUUGAUUGAGCUGAUCAGGAAUGGAAAGGUUGAAGAAGCUUUGGAUUUUGCCGGAGAAGAACUUGCCCCAAGAGGAGAGGAAAAUAAAAAAUUUCUCGAAGAGUUGGAGAGGGCUGUCACGCUGCUUGCUUUUGAGGAUGCCUCGAAAUCCCCUGUUGCCGAGCUGCUGGAUAUGUUGCAGCGUGUUAAGAUAGCGAGCGAGGUGAAUGCCGUGAUUCUUACCAGCCAAGGCCAAGAAAAAGAUCCGAAGCUUCUGAACUUGUUGAAAAUGCUUGUGUGGACACAGAAAGAGCUCGAUGCGAAAGCGGGGUAUCCUCGAAUGAAUGAUUUAUCUACUGCUGUGCUCGAAGAUCCUCCGGUUUGAUCCGAAGAUCAGGAAAGGAAGAUGAUGAAGAUGAAGAAGAACCCUUCACUUGCCCACCUUCAGACAGCGAAAACAAGAAAGGCCUUGCAAUGUAAGAAAUCCCCAGCAUCAUCAAUAUAUACAGUUU